GGAUGGUCUUUGGGGUCCUGUCUCUACCACAACAAACAUCGUCGCCAUCUCGCCGCUCCGCCUCCUUGAUAUCGAAUCCAAUCCAUCAUCCUCUUCCUUGACGGAUUCAUCCUCUGCUCUCGUUGGCCGCCCGCGAUGACUCCCAGAUAAGCAGUCAAAACACUCUUCCUCAGUUCCGUCGGAGGGGCUCCGCAUAUUUACCUCCGUACCAUUCUCGGGAAGCAAUUGAUAUCGCGCCCCAGGCGCCUCUUUCUGGGGCAGACAAGGACACCUCACAACUACUGCAAUGAUGCUCUCGAGAUCCAUCUGGAGAUCGCAGCUUCCUUCAGCAGGAGGGCAUAAAGAAGCUGAGAUGCAAGAGGCGCAGUCGAGCAAGGUCAGGGUGGAGGAUAUUGAUAUUGCUCAGAGUGACUUGUCUUGGGCAGACGAGUCCUUUACCCAACGCAGCAAUCAGCGCAAGAGCCCGUCUCUUGCUGCCGAGCCCACAGUCGAUUUCCCCCAAAGUCCUUACAUUGCAGAAUUCUUCGCUCCUUCAACAGCAUCUACUUCGAAGCCAAUGUCGAGAUCGAGCCGGAAUUCUUCAUCUGCUUCCAGAUCAGACGACUCGUCUCUAGCAGAGGCAGCCAAGACUAGCUUGACGCUGCCGUCCAGCGCAUCCUCAGCAGCAUCUCAGGGAGGCAGUGCGACCCCAAGUGGAAUUGACCCAGCCGACGUCAUGAAUAGCAGGAGGGAUAGAUCAGCUGCAGCAAAGAAGUCUCGGCGUGCACAAUUUCAGACCAAGUCUGCACCUUCCACACCGCGAGGCAAUCGCAGGGCGCUGGCCGGAUCAGCUGACGCUCCGCCGCCAGUACCCGAUCUUCCCAGUCUAGCAUCACCAAUGCAGGAGCGAGUCGAAGAAGCGCCGAGCCUUCGCCAGUCCUUCAGCUCGCGCAAUCUCGCCUCUCUUCGUAAUCUAGCGGCUGCUUGGGUUCCUGGAAAGGGGCGCUCCACUAACGACUCGCAUUCACCAGCUGGAGGUCGUUCCCCGGAGCUACAGACUGUCGGACAGCAGCAACUCGUUCCUCUCCCCAAGGAUGGAGACAAGCAACUAGCUGCCCUGCCGUCCGCGCGUCGGGGGUCUGUCCGCCUAGAUAGGCGCAGGAUAGACAAGGCUGCCAGCCUUGCGAUGGAAGCGGCAGAAGCGGCAGAAGAGGACGAACGGAUACGCCGAGAGAAGGAGCGGAGGAGGAAAGCUAGAGCCGCCGAGCGAAUUCGACGAGCAUCGAUAGCAGAGAAAGAAAGGCGACAACGAUCCACCCUCCUGGGCAGGAUCAAGACUCUGUCUGAGUAUGGAGCCUUGAGCGACGGAGAGGGAGGCUCCAACUUUGGCAGUCUAUACUGGAGGAAGCAAGGCUCAGCCAAAGUUUCGAGCUCGCCUCCAAAGAGCAUUCCUCUUCGGCCUCGGACGACUCCCAAUUCACCACACUCGAGCGACGAAGACUUCCUCUACCAAGACGAUGAUGACUACGAUGACCUGAGCGAGACCGAUGACGAUGACGAAGAAGACGAUGAGGAGGAUAAUUUCUCCCUCUCUCUAUACUUGUCCUCGCUUUCUUACCUGCUCUCAGCACUGCCAAGCCGGGAUGCGGCUCAACUUCCCGAGAAGGAGCGGGACGCACUCCGGGCUAAGCUGCAGGAGGUCUUGCGAGACAUUGGAGGUGAUGAGCAGAACUCCUUGCUUGAUGGCGGCAGCAGCGCUGGUCCAGCUACUGAGGCCGCAAGGGAAGAGAGACUACGGGAGUUGCUGGAGACUGAGCUCAGAAGAGCUGAGGCCAGGAUGACUGGGGGCUCUCAAAGCGGAAGAUCAGCCAAGACCAAUAGCGGACCACGCAUCCCGACGAAUGGAGAUGCUUCGAGCCAGUCAGGCAAUAUGCUGGCUUCCACGGUCGCCUACUCUGCCCUAGAGUUGACUUUUACCGUCGCAGCAGCCGGACUUGGACUCGUCGGCAGCGGUCUGUCGAGGUUUGUGCCUCCAGUGCCUGCUGAUAAGGCCCAGGCUCCUCUAGAGUCCAGUACAGUGCCUGGUGCAAAGAUCAUUGGGGAGGUGGCUGAGGACAACUUGGCUCUCUCAAAGCAGGACAGGCCACUUCUCACUAUGGACCAAACCGCAGUUGCAGUAGCACCAGCUGCUCCGGCCAAGAGGACGAAUAGGUCUGGCGGCGCGGGUAAUGGCCUUCAGUGGGAUCUCGCCAUGGCUCUGGCUUCCUCGACUGCUUCUACGCUUUACGGCUGCCUAUCCUCGGCUGCAGACGAAGCUGCUCGCCAAGACGCUGCUUUGACGAAGGCACGACAGCAGGAACGCAAGGGACAGUCGGAUGAAGCGAUCCUGGCUGACCAUGCGGCGCUGGCUGCAGUGACUGAGGAGGACAUGAGAAAUAUGCCCGAGGAUCAGCUCAUCCUCCUCUCCGCGUCCUUUGCACGAGCUCUAAAGCACUCUCCUCUCCCGUCGCAAUUGGCUUCAUUGUCCUCGCAACUGCUGGCACUUCUGCACUCCGUCGACGAGAGGUACUCGCUCACUAAGCGAGCCACCGAUGAGGCUCUGAAGCGGACACGCCAAGGGUUGGGCUAUGCCAGGCGCAGGGGCUGGCAUGUCAAGGUGGUCCGAGCCGCUUGGGCAGUUGUGGAGAUGAGCGUGGCGGGUGUAGAAGCAUGGCGAGAAGAGGAGACGCCGAAUGCCAAUGGUGGAGGUGCUAGUCAGCUGCCCAAUGGAGCAGCGGCUCAGGGACAGGGGAAGCGGUGAAGGUCGGCACUAAGGGGGAUCGGUGCAGAGUCGCG